CCCAAAGAAAAUGUCCGUCGUACAGAUAAUCAUAAAGGCGAUCAAAAUUAAGCUUGCAUUAAAUCGUUUGUCUCGGGCCAAAGAAAAUGCUGUGCGUCUCCAUCUUGGUUACCCACCACUCAUACCAUGGUACGAGAGAGCGUACAUCUUCGUGAUGUCCGGCAUACGACAGUUUUUGAUGGAGACCUUCUGCCCGUGCUGUAUCUACGAUAGGAACAGACACCUCAAAAAGAAAGAAGUCCCCAGGUCGUCUUGUCUACGCACGUGUCACGCAGGCACACACGAGAAUGAGAUGUUCAAGCACGUUAUAGGGUUCUUUGGCGGCGUUUUGCUGGGGCUACUUCUGUACCUGAUGAUGGUAUUCCAAUCCAACAUUUCCUCCAGCGUUGCUAUGGUAAUUGGAAUCCUCCUGAGCCCCGUCAUCGGCCUGGGCCUGGCUUUCUCGAUGCACGUGCGAUGUGUUAUCCUGCUGAUGUUUCCUCAGUUAUUCUCCAGUAAAGGUCGCUCAUUCUUGGUCCUCUACGCCAUCGUCCUAGUGAUGGCGCACCCUGUCGCCAACUUCAACAAAAACGUCAUGAUCAUGUCCAACAGCGCCACCUGUGGUCAGGAGUUGUCUUACAACCAGACGAAGGAGGUGCUGAAUCAGAUAGCCAACCCACUGGCAGGGGCCAUUGGCGCUAUCCGCGCCGUCAUACGUGCUCUGGAGAGAUUCGCAAAUGUCAUGAAAACUGCAUUUACUGCUCUUGGAACGGCAAUAAAGGAAAUCGCUUCAAUGCUUAAAAAGGCUUUCGGUUGGCUGUCAGAAGUAUCCCAAGUGUGUAAGAACAAGCUUGGUUCACCGUAUGAGAAAUGUAUGAAAGUUUUUGACAAAGGUUUCGAAGAUUGCAAGGACACAUUGGGUUGGUUCUUGGGCUGGAUCUGUUACGUAGUGAAGGGCGCUCAAGUCGUGUGUAACAUAGCUAGAAUAAUAGAUCUGCUGUGUUUGAUUGCCUCUGCUAUAGCUAGUCUUGUGAAAACCGGGAUAUAUGACCCCAUUUAUGACGCUGUGAAGGCAGUUCAUACGAUGUUCUACUUCAAUGUCACAAUUUCCCACACCUACCAAUACAACGUGACCCAAUCCAAGUCCUACAGCCAGGUCAAGGAAGACAUCCUGAAGGACGUGAAGGAGCGCCUCUCCAGCUUCACCAACGUCGUCGGAUUUGUCAAGAACCUGACCAUGAUGUCACUCAUAUUUGUAGUAAUCAAGGCCUUGAUGUACAGGAAGAAGUACCGGUCUAACGACAGGUUCGACAACUUUUACCUGACCUACAAAAUACGGGACGUGGAAGAACGGAGGUUGGAACUCGGAAAGGAGGGAAUAUUCCCGCUCAAAUCGAAGGAGACCAGAAAGUACAUCAAAACAUUCUCUGUUGGGAUAACGAGAAAGGAGAUGAAGUCGUUGUUUAAGGGAGUGUUCAUGCUUUUGAUCAGCGGCUCACACGCGGCGUUCUACAUGAUGUGUGACUAUGGACUAUACUGGUUGCUAGAGAUGCUAAGGAGAUUCUUCACCAAAAACAUCGGUGCUCCAGUUCCGCCUCAUUUGAAAGUCCAUGUUCACGGAAAGGGGGCAGUAGCAAGCAUGUACCGAGCUUUGAUGACGUCAUUUGACCCAAUGGCGGAUAAAGGUGGCUCCAAACUUGACGCAGCAAAAUGUAUUCCGAUCCCAAGUGUUCCCAACAUUGCCGUAUAUGAAGAAAUAGGGACUAUUUUCCUGAUUUGUUUCCUGAUGACGAUAUUCAAAGCAUACGGACUUAGGUUACGUCACAUCAUUGCAGCAUGCUAUUACCCAAGGCGGGAGCGAGCUCGUGCUGUGUGGCUGUACAACCAUAUACUGAAGACAAGGGGAGGGUUUCUAAAGUUUGCAAGGAGACAAAUGAGGAGACAAGCCGGAACUUUGAGGGAAGUGCAAAAAAUCAGCAUCAGGAGUAGGAUGAUGAGUCAAUUUCCUCUGUGCCGAAAGUUUUUCACUUUCCUUGGAUUCAAAAGAAAAUAUUGUUUAUCUUGUGGAGAGGAGGGUCGAUUCGACGAUCACGUCAACUACUUCCACUGUCAGAACAGUGACUGUACAGCUGUCUACUGCAUGGACUGUUUUACCGACAUCAACAACAUCUGCACAGUUUGUAUGAAUCCUGUGGACUAUGGCGACUUAUCCGACAUAAGUGAAGAGCGAGAUUCUAGUGAAGACGAAGCAGAGAUGUUAAAGAGAAAGGAGGAGGCAGAGAAGAUUCGUAAGGAACGUGAAGAACAACGGCUGAAAAAUCGACCCAGUCAACGAAUGCGACAAGUACAGCUGCAGUUCAAUAUAACCCAGUCUAUCAUUGAUGCUCAAGCCAAAAAGACGAAGAACCUAUAUUCUGCUGCUUAUGACAAUGGUUACCAGCCAGAUGACGAAUUCUAUGAAGAUUUCAAUCAAAAUUCUACAUGGGUAGAAAAUAAAGAUUGGAAAGAGGGCAAAAAUGGCAAUAAGUCAAGCGAAAAGAAACCGAAAGGUUUACUCUCUGCAUUGUGUCCUUGUUUACAGGCCUGUGCUCCAACAGAGAGUAUGGCCGGAAGUGAGGCCGAAACAGAAGAGGAAAUUGACUAUUCUUAUCAGGAGUUGCCUCGCACUGAUGAUGAAUAUGACGAAAGUGACUAUUAUGAUGACGACAAAUCUCAGACUGAUUACGUCACCAAUGAUAUAUUUGAUGAUGAAGAAGACGAUUUCAUCGGCGAUUAUGAUUAUGCGUAUAUCGAACCAGAUGAACUAGAAAUGGAUCGUGAUAUUGUAUUAAAAACUAACGUUUGACCAACAUAGCUAUACAAUGUGCUGGUAUUUAAGCAUAGCUUAAACAGAUAUACUAUGUAAUCAUGAAAUUGUCCAGCAUAUCCUUCCACUCGUUUUGUAUGUGGUUGACAAAAUACACAAGGCAGCAACAUGUUCACUGUUAUGACUACGAAUCAUCAUUAACUCUGAGCUUGAGCUUACUUAUUUUAAAACAUGAAUGAACAAUGUGAAUGCCAUAUCCUAAACAGGCAUGUUUAACAAAUAAUGCCUUAAGGAUUACGUUUACUC